GUUGGGAGCAGGACAACCUCAUGGCAGAUACUUCAAGAAUGUCUCGAAAAGCCAGCGGACUUGAUGAAUUUGUAGUGCUUGUUUUUGGUUGCACCUCGUAUUGCUGGAUCGCCAGGGCACGGACGCACCCCGCCUAAAUUUCCCGUCUCGCAGCUCACAAUAUUCUGCGCCAGGCCGUGCGACAUUCGUCUCAUCUCGACCCAGCAUCAGACAUGCCCAAAACAGACGAGGGCGCCGCUCUAGGCCAUGCGUCGUUCUGGGACGAGCGGUACGCGAAAGCGGCUGACAGUUCCAAACCCACGCACGAAUGGUUCCGAGACUUUGAGUCAUUGGAACCUUUCUUCUCCAAACACCUGUUCGCAAUUCGAAAAGCAGAGUCACAGCCGAAAAUACUGCAUCUUGGAAGUGGAGACAGUACGAUCCCAUACGACCUACUGAAGAGAGGAUACGCAAACCAAAUAUGUCUUGACUUCUCGACUGUUGUGGUCGAUCUCAUGAAGUCGAGGCAUGCACAGGAAGUGGGUGUACAAUGGCUGAACGGUGACGUGAGAGACAUGAAAGACUUCGAGUCGAAAAGUAUCGACGUCGCAUUUGACAAGGGCACACUUGAUGCCAUGAUCUUUGGGAGUCCAUGGAGUCCUCCGAGUGAGGUUAUGGACAAUAGUGGGAGAUACAUGUCUGAGGUUCACCGUGUGCUUAAAGACGAUGGCUUCUUCUUGUACAUCACGUACCGACAACCCCACUUCGUCAAACCUAUUCUCAACCGCGACAACGAGUGGGAUCUUGAGAUGGAAGUUAUGGGGGGCGGCGAUAGCUUCGAGUACUACGGUUACCUCCUCAAAAAACAUUCAUGAAGCUAUAUAGACACGACCAGCGAUACUACUCAUCUUCGAUUCAGUUGUCAAACGACUGGCACAGACCGCUAACAGUGUAGAUGCAAAUCGAUAUCGUCGGUCAUAAGUAAGACUUCCCCAAUGUAUGGAUUUUCGAGGCGUUCCUAUAUAUGAAGUGACAGACACCGGCGACGUCAUGUUAACAGGUAAUAGCAUCAACCAAAUGUUCUAGGCGUCCAUUGACAAAUUCAUCGACUUUGUCCGUGCAAAUGAACUAGCAUGAUUGGACAACAUACCCGGAAGCUUGCACUACAUGACUCCUCCCCCGCCGGAAUUAUUUCCGCAGCCCAAUAUAGCAAAUGCAGCA